GUUUUUCAGAAAACAGUUUCUAUUACCAAAAAUUUCAACCAAAAAAGACCGAUCCAACAUUUCAUCCCGAAAAGCCAAACGAAAACCAGAUCUGCAAAGCGUUCUUCUCCAUUGCUGUAAUGCAGUUCUUGUCGUCUUUAUUCCUGGAUAGAUGGUUUGCUUAUUAUAUUAAGCUCCUCUAAUCUAUUUUAUUGGUUUGGUUGGUGAUGAUGUUUUUCUUCGUUUCUUUGAGACUGAAAAUGAAGAAGUCUUCAAUUUGGACCUAGGGAUAUUGAACUUUGUGUGCCAUGCUUCUUGUAGCAGUGCUUCUAAAUUAUUUUUGAGUGUAAUUAUGAACUUGGAAUAAACAUUUCAACUUUACCAUACGCUUCCAAUUCAAGAAUGAAGCGUUAUGUCUACAUCAACGAUGAUGAAUCUACUUAUGAUUUAUAUUGUGACAACCGCAUAUCGAAUAGGAAGUAUACUGUGUUGAACUUCCUCCCAAAAAAUUUAUUGGAACAGUUCAGCCGCUUUAUGAACCAGUACUUUUUGCUGAUAGCUUGUCUUCAGUUAUGGUCGCUUAUUACACCAGUAAAUCCUGCCAGUACAUGGGGUCCGCUUAUUUUCAUUUUUGCGGUCUCUGCAACGAAAGAGGCAUGGGAUGAUUACAACAGAUAUCUCUCAGACAAGAAAGCAAAUGAGAAAGAAGUUUGGGUUGUCAAGCAGGGCAUUAAAAAACAUGUAUUAAAACCUCUUAGUAGUCAUCUUUCUCUUUCUGUGAUUCAGGCACAGGAUAUUCAUGUUGGUAAUAUAAUAUGGCUACGGGAGAAUGAUGAAGUGCCAUGUGAUCUUGUUUUGAUUGGAACCUCUGAUCCACAAGGCCAGUGCUACAUAGAGACUGCUGCCCUAGAUGGUGAAACUGAUCUUAAGACAAGGGUCAUUCCAUCUGCUUGCAUGGGGAUUGAUCUUGAACUCUUGCACAAAAUCAAGGGUGUAAUUGAGUGUCCUAUUCCAGAUAAGGACAUUAGAAGAUUUGAUGCAAAUUUGCGAUUAUUUCCUCCAUUUAUUGAUAAUGAUGUGUGCCCAUUAACCAUUAAUAACACAAUUCUUCAGUCAUGUUACUUGCGAAACACAGAGUGGGCUUGUGGAGUAGCUGUCUACACAGGCAAUGAAACCAAGCUGGGUAUGAGUAGGGGCAUACCUGAACCAAAGCUUACAGCUGUGGAUGCUAUGAUUGACAAAUUGACCGGAGCUAUAUUUAUUUUUCAAAUUGUGGUUGUUAUGGUUCUAGGCGUAGCUGGUAAUGUAUGGAAGGAUACAGAAGCAAGGAAGCAAUGGUAUGUCCUAUACCCAGAGGAGGGUCCGUGGUAUGAACUAUUAGUCAUCCCUCUUCGGUUUGAACUACUUUGUUCUAUCAUGAUACCCAUAUCAAUUAAGGUUUCUCUCGACCUUGUAAAGAGCUUAUAUGCAAAGUUUAUUGAUUGGGAUAAUGAAAUGAUCGACCAUGAAACUGGUACUCCAGCCCAUGCAGCAAAUACAGCAAUUAGUGAGGACCUGGGACAAGUUGAGUACAUUUUGACUGACAAAACUGGUACCCUAACCGAGAAUAAAAUGAUCUUUAGAAGGUGUUGUAUCAAUGGAAUUUUCUAUGGAAAUGAGACAGGAGAUGCAUUGAAAGAUGCAAGAUUGCUCAAUGCUGUUGCCUCUGGCGCUCCUGAUGUUAUACGUUUUGUGACAAUUAUGGCAAUAUGUAACACAGUCAUACCUAUUCAAAGUAAAAGUGGGGAUAUCUUGUACAAGGCACAGUCUCAGGAUGAGGAUGCACUUGUCCAAGCUGCUGCUCAGUUGCAUAUGGUUUUUUUUAAUAAAAAUUCAAACAUUUUUGAGAUUAAGUUCAAUGCUUCAAUAAUUCGAUAUGAAGUUUUGGAAACUCUGGAGUUCACUUCUGAUAGAAAAAGAAUGUCAGUUGUGGUGAAGGAUUGCCAGAAUGGAAAGAUUAUCCUUUUAUCAAAGGGUGCAGAUGAAGCAAUUCUUCCCUAUGCAUACACUGGGCAGCAAACGAGGAUGUUUGUUGAAGCUGUUGAUCAAUAUGCUCAAUUGGGCCUGCGUACACUUUGUCUAGCUUGGCGUGAGUUAGGGGAAGAUGAAUAUCAAGAUUGGUCUUUGAUGUUUAAGGAGGCUAGUAGCACAUUGGUUGAUAGAGAGUGGAGAAUAGCUGAGGUCUGUCAAAGACUAGAGCAUGAUUUGGAAGUCCUUGGAGUUACUGCAAUAGAGGAUCGUUUACAGGAUGGUGUACCAGAAACAAUUGAAACACUGAGAAAGGCAGGAAUAAAUUUUUGGAUGCUUACUGGAGACAAGCAGAAUACUGCCAUUCAGAUUGCUCUUUCUUGCAAUUUUGUUUCUCCAGAGCCAAAAGGUCAGCUUCUGUUAAUUGAUGGCAAAACUGAGGAUGAAGUUCGUCGAAAUUUGGAGAGAGUUUUACUUACAAUGAGAAUCACAACUUCAGAACCUAAGGAUGUGGCAUUUGUUGUUGAUGGCUGGGCUCUUGAAAUUGCACUUAAGCAUUAUCGCAAAGCUUUUACUGAAUUAGCAAUAUUGUCAAGGACUGCUAUAUGCUGUCGUGUAACGCCAUCCCAAAAAGCACAGCUUGUCGAGAUUUUGAAAUCUUGUGACUAUAGAACGUUGGCUAUUGGGGAUGGUGGAAAUGAUGUGAGGAUGAUACAACAAGCUGACAUUGGAGUUGGCAUUAGUGGGAGAGAGGGACUGCAGGCAGCAAGGGCAGCUGAUUAUAGUAUAGGGAAGUUCAGAUUCCUGAGAAGGUUGAUACUUGUUCAUGGGCGUUACUCUUACAACCGUACAGCAUUCCUAUCUCAAUAUUCCUUUUACAAAUCCCUAGUGAUAUGUUUCAUCCAAAUCUUUUUCUCUUUUAUUUCAGGUGUCUCAGGAACCAGUCUUUUUAAUUCUGUUAGCUUGAUGGCUUAUAAUGUUUUCUACACCAGUAUCCCUGUUCUAGUCAGCGUCCUUGAUAAAGAUCUUAGUGAAGAAACUGUAAUGCAGCAUCCACAAAUUUUGUUUUAUUGCCAAGCAGGAAGGCUUCUCAAUCCUAGCACAUUCGCUGGGUGGUUUGGACGAUCCCUUUUCCAUGCAAUUGUUGUAUUUAUAAUCAGCAUACAUGCCUAUGCCUAUGAAAAAAGUGAAAUGGAGGAGGUUGCAAUGUUGGCACUUUCUGGAUGUAUUUGGUUGCAAGCUUUGGUAAUGGCCUUAGAGACAAACUCAUUUACUAUACUACAACAUCUUGCAAUAUGGGGGAAUUUAUUUUUUUUCUAUGUCAUGAACUGGAUCUUCAGUGGCCUUCCGUCUUCUGGGAUGUACACGAUUAUGUUCCGCUUGUGUAGACAACCAUCGUAUUGGAUCACAUUGGGUCUCAUAGUUGCAGCAGGGAUGGGUCCGAUUCUUGCUCUGAAGUACUUCCGUUACACGUACAGGCCAAGUAAAAUCAAUACACUUCAGCAGGCUGAGCGUUUGGGUGGACCUAUCCUGACAUUGGGAAACAUAGAGCCUCAACCACGAUCAAUAGAGAAAGAUAUAUCGCCGUUAUCAAUAACUCAACCCAAGAUCCGAAAUCCAGUCUACGAACCGCUACUGUCGGAUUCACCAAAUUCUGUGAGGAGAUCUUUUGGGUCUGGAACACCUUUUGAUUUUUUUCAGUCACAGUCCAGAUUGUCCUCAUCUAACUACACCAGAAAUUGUAAGGAUAACUGAGUUAUACAAAUACCUUUAGCAAUUAGGUAUAUACAAAAACAGAUUAAUAGUUGCCAGAGCUCAAAGCUGAACAAUACUAUCAUUUUUUGUUAUUUAAAUGUAAAUCAGCAAUGUAUGUAGCAGAUAUAGGUUCUUGAAGCAAUUUACUAUAAAAAGUGUAUCUUCUGCUUCAUGCACUGAAAUAAAUGAUGAUUCAGUCAGUACAAAAUUUUGCC